AGUCUAAGCCAUCUAGAGCUAACUAGAUACUUCAUUUUGUAACAUUUUUUUAUCUACUUAAACUAUGUUGGAGUUAACGAACAUAUUUCUAUUAAUUACUGCAUCUGGUACAUUUUUAUCGAUAUGCAUUGCCAAAGAUUAUUGUGGUAGUGACUAUUGCAAUAAUAGCAAGCAGCAUACUCUGUGUAAAUAUCGGUCAAAGGAGCCAGCCAGUCACUGCACAGCUUACGAAAAAACAAUUUUGAGCGAAAAUGACAAAAUAAACAUUUUGGACAAAAUUAACAGCCGACGUAAUAAAAUCGCUGCCGGUGAAAUCCGGUCAUUACCGCCCGCUGGAAGUAUGAUGAAACUGGUGUGGAACAGAGAGUUAGAAGUUUCAGCACAGCGAUGGGCAGACCAGUGUGUCAAACAUAACGUUCCAGAUAUCCAAGAUACUUGUCGAGAUUUGGGUAAAGUGAGUGUUGGUCAAAAUAUUGCGACCAUACAUGGAAACUCUCCUGGAUUAACUCCACUAUCCCUGGUCGAUGUAUGGUACAUGGAAUUAUUGAAUAUAAAUUCUUCAAUACUGUCACGAUACGUGCCGUCUUCGGAUACAGGUCUUUCUCAUUACGAUUACUUUACCCAACUCAUGUGGGAGGAAACCAAUCAAGUUGGUUGCGGUGGAGUCAAAUUUAAAGAACGUCUUGAAGAUGAAAUAAGUACGAGAUACAGGAUAAUAUACAGACUGGUAUGCAAUUUUGCACCAGCAGGUAAUUUACGAAAUAGAUCGGUUUAUUCUACUGGUGUGCCUUGCUCCAGAUGUCCUUUUGAUGGUAUUUGCGAUCCAAUACACAAAGCAUUGUGCUCUCAUAAUCCCGCAGUUAUAAAUAGAGAUGAUAAUGUUGUUUCCACUGAUUCUGAUCUCUUAAUGAGACAACAUACAACUACAGAAAUUGAAAAAUUAAAAGAAACAGAUGUUAUAAAUACUGUAACUGAAUAUUAUAGCGAUAGUACAGAAUUUACAGAAAAAUCUACUUCAGACAAUACAGUACAAACAGAGACAUUUACGCCAUUUGAUUACUUUUCUCAUUUGUAUGAUUAUAGAAGACAAAUGAUCACUUCAUGCACAAAACAUAAUUUGUGUAAAGAUAUAAUUAUAGAUGAUUUCGUGGAAUUAUUGAAGAAAAAAUUAAGUAACGACCCUUUGAUUAAAAACUUAUUAAUUACAACCACAUCACCAGCUUUAAGUACUUAUUCAGAAAGUACGUUUACUGAUAUUGGCAUGGCAGUAUUUGUUAAUAAAGUAUACAGCAAAAAAACAUCUCCAAGUACAAGAAAAAUUACUACUAGUGAUUGCGUAAAUUCCACAUUUUUAGUUGAUUUAAUUGAAGCUGUAAUCUUCAGAAAUAGUGAAAGAGUUUCAACGUCUGAUGAGUACAAUACAAAUUCGCAAACUGUGCCUUCAGUUAAAGCAGUUAAGGUCCAAGCUGAAUUAGCGGAGGCCAAGCAAAAUGCUGAUUUUACUGGACAUUACUUUUUUCCCGAAGAAGACGAAGAUAGUGACAUAGAAACUACAGAACCAUACUAUGAUGACGUUAAUUUGCCUGUGUCAGACUUGGUAUUGGAGGAUUUAAAAAUGAGUACAAUAACGAAUGACUUUUUGGACGAUAUUCUUGAAUCCGAUAUCUCAGUUGAAAGUACGACUACGCUUGUUACAUUAUCACCGGAUAACAUAAAUCUUUAUAAAAGUGGAUAUGGUGUGAUGAAAAAGUUUUUACAAAACAUUGUUGAUAAGCCUCACACGUCCCGAAAUAAUGAAUAGAUCUUUAUAAAUGGAUAAAUAUUUAUUAAUACUUCAGUUACAGACGUGAACUUUUGUGACAUUUCAGUAAAUGAAAUCAAAAUUGUAAAUAAUAACAAAAUGCACAGAAAAAUUAUGGCGAAAGGAUAGGAACACUAAUUUGAGAGAUUUGACUUUCGUGAGUGUAGUAAAUACACUUGUGAAUCUCAUGAGCAAUAUAAAAAUCCUAAAAAUGUAUUAUGUUGUUCACUUUAGAAAACUAAGACUUGCUAACGAAUUAAAUUGUUUGCAUGACAACUCAAUUGCACUUCUUUCCAAGUGUUUAUUACUGAUCAUUUCAAUCAUAAUUAUGUACAUUAUUUAAGAUUUUUUACAAACAUUUUGUACAUUGUCAAUCUACAUAUUUAUGUUAUAAUUUUGAAUACAAUUUGGUCUAAAACUAA